GCUCGAGAGGGAGACAUGGCGUCUUCCCUGAUCUGCAGCCGUUUGACGGCUAGCCUGAGAAACUCAGGGGCCAGAAACACUCUCACCCUCGCUUCCAAGGUUAUCUCGGUGGUUUCUUCGGGGCUGUUAGGAGGACAUGUGUCUCAGCUGCAGCAGCAGAGGAACCUCUCGCUGCACGAGUACAUGAGCAUCGGGCUGCUGAAGGAUCCGGCAUACUCCGUGCCGGCCGGUCUGGUGGCCAGCUCCCCGGAGGAGGCCUAUUCUGUGGCCAAGCAGAUCGGUUCAAAGGACCGUGUGAAAGCUCAGGUUCUGGCUGGUGGCAGAGGAAAGGGGACAUUCGAGGGCGGACUGAAGGGAGGCGUGAGGAUCGUCUACUCCCCCGAGGAGGCCGCGGACAUUACCUCUCAGAUGAUUGGUCGGAAGCUUUACACCAAGCAGACCGGGGAGGCGGGUCGAAUCUGCAACCAGGUGUUCAUCUGCGAGCGCAGGUACCCACGCAGGGAGUACUACUUCGCCAUCACCAUGGAGAGGCACUACCAGGGCCCCGUGUUGAUUGGCAGCUCGCAGGGAGGCGUGAACAUCGAAGAUGUUGCGGCGGAGAAUCCAGACGCCAUCGUGAAGGAGCCCAUCGACAUCGUGGAGGGCAUUAAGAUGGAGCAGGCUGUCAAGGUCGCUCAGAAGAUGGGUUUUCCCGCCGGCGCUGGUAACCGAGCAGCGCAGAGCAUGAUCAAACGGUACAACCUGUUCAUCAAGUACGACGCCUCCAUGGUGGAGAUCAACCCCAUGGUGGAGGACUCCUCCGGCACUGUGAUGUGCAUGGACGCCAAGAUCAGCUUCGACUCCAACGCAGAGUACCGGCAGAAGAUAGUGUUCGCCAUGCAGGACUGGACCCAGGAGGACCCGCGGGACCAGCAGGCCGCCAAGGCCGACCUCAACUACAUCGGCCUGGACGGAACCAUCGGCUGCCUGGUUAACGGAGCCGGUCUGGCCAUGGCCACCAUGGACAUCAUCAAGCUCCACGGCGGCACGCCCGCCAACUUCCUGGAUGUGGGAGGAGGAGCCACAGCUCAUCAGGUGACCGAGGCCUUCAAACUCAUCACCUCUGACAGGAAGGUCCAGGCCAUCCUCGUCAACAUCUUCGGAGGCAUCAUGAGGUGUGACGUCAUCGCUCAGGGCAUCAUCAUGGCUGUGAGGGAACUGAACCUCAGGAUCCCCAUCGUAGUGCGGUUACAAGGGACGAGAGUGGACGAUGCUAAAGCUCUGAUCGCUGCCAGUCCGCUGAAGAUCCUCGCCUGUGACGACCUGGACGAGGCCGCCAAAAUGGUUGUGAAGCUUUCUGAGAUCGUCUCUCUGGCCAAGGAAGCUCAAGUGGACAUCACCUUCCAGCUGCCCAUCUAAGAGAAGAAACCUCCACCUUUGACCUCCAUGACCCCCCCCCCCCCAAAC